GGCUCGGCCCGGGGUCCCCGUUAGUGGCGCCGCCGCCGCCGCGGGGAGCGCGGGGCCCAUGGAGCCGCGGCUGUGAGGCGCCCCCGGCCCGGGCCCGCUGCGGGGGGAGCCGGGCGGAGGCAGCCGGGCGGAGGCGGGAUCCGCCGGAGAUGGACAAACUGACCAUCAUCUCAGGAUGCCUCUUCCUGGCCGCCGACAUCUUCGCCAUCGCCAGCCUGGCCAACCCCGACUGGAUCAACACCGGGGAGUCCGCGGGUGCUCUCACAGUUGGCCUUGUGCGACAGUGUCAAACCAUCCAUGGACGUGACAGGACCUGUAUUCCUCCACGGCUGCCUCCUGAGUGGGUCACUACGUUAUUUUUCAUCAUUAUGGGAAUCAUUUCACUAACUGUCACAUGUGGUUUGCUGGUGGCUUCCCACUGGCGAAGAGAAGCUACUAAAUAUGCCCGCUGGAUAGCUUUCACUGGAAUGAUUCUAUUCUGUAUGGCAGCCCUAAUAUUUCCAAUUGGAUUUUACAUCAGUGAAGUUGGAGGUCAACCAUAUAAAUUACCCAAUAAUACAGUGGUUGGGUCUUCGUAUGUACUGUUUGUCUUAUCCAUUUUCUUUACAAUAGUUGGACUUCUAUUUGCUGGCAAAGUUUGUUUACCUGGCUGAUGGAUGUCUGGACUGUGGGACUUUAUUUUGGAAAAGAGACACAGAACUGCAUUCUCGGGAGGAUGCCUAGAUAUGACUAUUAAACACUUACUGAAAAAGGAAUGCUUUGACUUAUUCUCACUAUGCACUUUGGAUUGAAAAAAGGAGAGCCUUUCCCAUAACCAAAUACAGACAACGUUGACUAAUCUCCUGAGCAUAUUUAAUGCAGUCAGGUCUGCACUGUGAUAGGAACUAGUGAAGAAUGCUUUACACUGAGAAGCAUAAUGCCCCGUCUUACUGUACUGUUCCCAUUUUUAACGUCUAAUGAUUUGGAAGUCAAAGUAUUUAUGAACUUUGUUGUAGACCAGAGGGUUGCAGAGGAAUUCAAGUGAGGCUGGCCUCACUGAUUAGGAGAUUAGUAUUUUACAUCCUUCUUCUAAUGCGCAAAGCCUUUGGCACCAGUAUGGAUUGAUCUUGCAUCACUGCACCAAGAAGCCAAUAGAUCAAUUGUUCUCCAAAACAUAUGUAACAGCAAGAAGAUGUACAUCCCCUCCUCCCCCAUAAGCUCUAGAAAAACACUAAGGAACAUUUCAGAGGGGGAUUUCUUCCUUAUAUUUAUAUAAAUAUAUAUAUAAAUAUAUAUAUAUUUUGCUGAUGCAGUAUACAGUGUGUGUGUGUAUGUGUGGGUGUGUAUAUACAUAUAUAUAUGUAUAUAUACACAAAUGGUUCCUGGAAAAGAACUCAGAACGCUUUGCUAGCAAAACACUGUGGUGUGCAAAACUAGAACUCAAUAGAAAAAAAAGCCAUUUCUCUGAAGGCCACAUAGCUGAGAGUCUUCAGUUUACCUCAUUCUUUGUAGCAGCCCUUGAUUUUAACAGUUUUUGUAAUAGGUACAAACGAUCCCAUGCCUUUCUAGGUGCAAUUUUAAGUUAAGCUAAAAUUCUUUUUAUGGUAAUUUAUUUGUAUAUGAGGGUAGAAGGUGAGAUCAUGUCAUACCUUAAAGUUAAAAUCCUAAUUUGGGGAAACUGACGCUAUUUAAAUUAUUAGCAACUGUUGUAUAGAAAGUCUCUUUUUCUACUACGUUGUUAUUAUUGAUAUUCAUAUGAGUUCAAGCACUGCAGUUUACAGCAGAGAUAAGCAUUUCUCUAGCACAUAUAAAAUGCAAUGUUUAAAGUAAUGCAAAUGCUAUUUCACUGCAAAGAUGGAUGAACUUAUUCACCUUUACUAAAAAAAAGCAGUAUAAUUGUUUAAAUGGUAUAUGCCUUGUUCACUGAAGUUAUUAUAAAUGUGGAUUUAAGGACCAUCCAAAUCUGAAGUAUUCCUUAUGAAAAGCAGUUUUACUUUCCAGCACGGCUCCAUAGGUAUUGUCAUAAUUUACUAUUCAAUCUAAACUUGCAGAAAGUAAAAUUUUUCUUAGUGUCCCAGGAAAGCUGCCUGCACUAUCUAUAUUCACUUUCCAGUUAGACCAAGGUUUUAUCUGAGGUCCAUUAUGACAGCAAACAAAAAAUUGUACAUUUCAAGUUCUGUUUUGUGGAGCUUAUUUGAAAUGCAUUACUAGGCACUUUUAAAAAUGUUAUUGAAAUAAUCAGAAGCUUCCAAAAUAACCACUUAUCUUCAGACACUUAAGCUGAUAAGACAGUUUACACAAUUCUUUGAAACUCUGUGCCAUUCAAAUCCUACAGGAUUCUGGUCCUCUUACUUCUCCCUGAUUCUGCUGAAUUAAACAGUUCAUAGUUCACAUUUUGGUGGUUUUGAACAAAUUUGCUACUGUAACAUUUAAGUGACUUUUUUUUUCCAAUUAGUUCGCUCACAGAUGGAAGGAAGUGUUCAUAGAAUGCUUUUUUCUCAACUACUCUAAUCUGUAAGUACAGCCAGACACCUACUUAGAACUGAUGCUUUACAGAUAAUUUGGUUCCUUAAGCCUACAUCUGCACAGAUAUUCCAAUUCCCUCUAGCAGUGUUGUGGAAGACAGAUAAAAUGCCAGGUUAAGCUGCUGGAUGUGUCUAAAUUUUCAGCGUUAUUGGUGGUGUACCGGAAGCUGAACUAUUGACUAAAACUUAGAAAUUCUGAUGCAGAAAAGCUCUUCUGUUUUCAGGAAUGUCACUCUUGUAAAGAGUUCUAGGAGGUUUUUUAACUGGAACAUGAGUGAAGGGGGCAGGUUUCUCGACUGCUAAGAUUCUUCUUCCUCACCUAUUUUGGAUAUAGUAACAUCAUGUAUACAGUUGAUUUAGGCUUUGAUUAAAUGGAUCCUCAUGCAAUAAAAAACAUAUGAACACUUACCUUGGAGCAUAGCCAGUCUGUGGUUGGCUGGCUGGAAAUUUUUCUGAUCUGCCAAUGCUAUUGCUAUGAAUUAUUAAAUAGUGGAGAUUUUAACUAGCUGGCUGUUUGAUUAAAUAUUUGAGCAUUUCAAGUCCAGAAAUAGAUACAGCCAUCUGCAUUGUAAAAAUAAAAAAUAAAAUAAAAAAAUAAAAAAACUCCACUCAGUAAAUGAAGAGACAGCUGUCAACAGUUGCUUUUAAUGAAGUCACUAAGUACUAUGUAGUACAGUAAUAAUUUAUAGCAGAAAAUCAUAUCUUGUAAGCUGUAUAUAAAACACUGUCUUAUGGUGCAAUCAUUUGUCAAACUUUUGUCUGUUACUUUUGUUUGAAAGAUGUGUGCAUUCUUUUUCAUACCUAAGAGCAUCACUGUAAAAUCUGCUGAAUACUAUUUAUAGGUUUUAUUUGCACAAGGUUUAAUUUUAAACUACAAGAAGUUCGUAUUGAACAUGCCUAAACAUCUGUGGACUUUUUCAGUUCAUGAAAAGCAAAUGUUUCCAUAUGAAUCUUCUCCAAAGGUAAUCCCAUAUUUAUGGUGAGUGUUUACAUAAGCUUUUCUAAUUCUGCCAGCCAUUAUAUUUAACUUUUUGAAGGACAGCUCAUUUCAUGCAUCACUAGACAUUCUUUAGUCUUACGCUUCAAAAUUCUCUAAAACAUUUCAAGUCCCAUCACAAUGUGCACACUGUCGCUUAUUUGCCGAGCAACGUGUGAAAUCAGAAGCUUAAAAUACCUUCAGAAGGGAAACUAGUUAAUUUGUCUGUAUAAAUGUUAUGGUUGAGCUCAUCUGAAAUCCUCUGGAAGCUGGAAGCCAUUCCUCUCAGAGGAGGGUGGAAUGCUUGAGUACAUGAGUCUAACCCUUUAAUAUUCUUCGUUCAGUUGUUACCUUGCUGGCAAGUGAUACCUGCUUUACUGGAGAUGCUGGCAGGGUGCAGCAUCACCUGAGCCUGACCCCCUGGCUGCUGUAAAUACGGCCAGAUGGGGGCCCUUCUGUAAUACCUGUGUUUAGAGCUGUUACUUAACCACUUCAGAACACACCUGUAGAUUACUGUGUGCCCCAGCAAAUGAAGGGGGGAAAAAAAUGAAAGCUGUCCUUUAAAAACUUUGUGAAGGAUGACAAUAAUGAAGGAAAGAGUGUCUGCCAGCCGCUUGUCCUGCUCGAGGCCUGGCCGUCUGAGUCCUCCGUCCACCCCGCACCACCUUUACCAAGGAUUAUUUUCUAAUCGGUUAGAACACUUUUAUUUUUUUUCCAAGUAAUGAUCUCUGAACAAAUGUUAAUACAAACUGUAUAAAAUGAACAUAAUUUUCUUCACUUGUAUUUUUGUUAUUGAGCAAGUUUAUCAAAAUAAAUU